AUGGAGCCUGGAGUGUUGAUGGAAGUGUUCAAAAUUUUAAAGCUAAAGGCAGGGGGAAUGAACAAAAUGGAGAGGGAAUGUGUACUCACACUGGACGAGAUGGCCAUCACUCCAGGCGUGGAGCUGCAUAUGGGAACGGGGAGACUAUUUGGCAACGUAACACUUCCUGGUCACACAGGGCAAGCAAUGUAUGCCUGUGUGUUUAUGCUUGCUGGUGUAACAACACGCUGGAAGCAAAUUGUUGCUUACCACUACAGCAGUAAUUCUGCAGACGGCUCAGUUUAUCAGCCCAUCAUCAUUGCCAUCGUAGAAGCUGCAGCAUCUGUAGGGCUUCAUGUUAUAAACAUCACCAGUGACAUGGGGAGUCCCAAUCGGGCAAUGUGGAAGUCAUUUGGGGUGACCCAGGAUAAGCCAUGGAUACCCCAUCCUGUUGAGCAACACAAGUGGCUCUAUUUCAUGGCUGAUGUUCCACAUCUUGUCAAGAAUUUGAGAAGUGCCCUCAUCCGGGGUCAAACCAUCACCAUUCCACAAGAUGUGGUGCACAAAGAGCAGCUGGCGUCCAGUGUCGUAUCUGUUGAUCCCCUAAAGGAUCUCCUUCCAGGAGAGCAUGGAACUUAA